GCCCCGCUCCGCCAUCAUCCAGUCCUGAACAAUAAAGAGGAUUAAAAUAAAAGCAAGAAAACAAUCAUGGGACGGCGGGUGUCUGACAGCAACCUCAAACUAGUCCACUGACACCAUAGAUAAUGAUUAAAUAUGAUGGAAAAUGAGAGCGGCGGAAUAUCGGGCUCUGCUGAUAAGCGGUACAGCCGUUUUUUCAUUGACAAUCAGCUGAUGUUCAUCUGGAGCUGAGAGAGAGACAGACAGACAGAGAGAGAGAGAGAGAGAGAGAGAGACAGCUCGACUCGCGUGUCUCGCACUUUAGUUAAACAAUUACGACGUGCCAUUUUCUUUGGACAUUAAGCGAUCAAUAUAUGGCUUGAUGUUCAAAUGAAGAUUGUUUGUGUUGACUGAAGAAAGGAGCAGCAUUAUAUUCUCACCAGGCCGGAUACUCAGCUAGCUUUAGCUUUAGCUAGCUACAGCGGAGACACCACGCCCUACAUUACGUAUCGGAGCAUCCGAAGCCACCAAGUAGCACAACAGACUGUCCAGGAUCUCACUGAUGUACUGAUCCAUGUCUAGGAGGAGAUCCUUCAGUACACCGUCCACCAUCUCAUCAGGAGCAUGCCCAGAUGUUGCGCUGGCCAUGCCAUCGAGUGUGCGGGCCGGGAGUCUGAAGGACCCGGAGGUGGCUGAGCUCUUCUUCAGGGAAGAUCCAGAGAAACUCUUCACAGACCUCCGUGAGAUUGGCCAUGGAAGCUUUGGGGCCGUCUACUUUGCCCAUGAUAUCCGCACCAAUGAAGUGGUGGCCAUUAAGAAGAUGUCGUACAGCGGCAAGCAGUCGAACGAGAAGUGGCAGGAUAUCAUCAAAGAAGUGAAGUUCCUUCAGAAGCUGCGGCACCCAAACACCGUGGAGUACAAAGGCUGCUACUUGCGAGAGCACACAGCAUGGUUGGUGAUGGAGUAUUGUUUGGGUUCUGCCUCUGAUCUGAUAGAAGUGCACAAGAAGCCACUGCAGGAAGUAGAGAUUGCAGCGAUCAUUCAUGGUGCUCUGCAGGGCCUGGUGUACCUCCACUCCCACAACAUGAUUCACAGAGAUGUGAAGGCUGGAAAUAUCUUGCUGACGGAGCCAGGGCAGGUAAAAUUGGGAGAUUUUGGCUCUGCUUCCAUCGUGGCGCCUGCCAAUUCCUUUGUAGGCACACCCUACUGGAUGGCUCCUGAGGUGAUCCUGGCCAUGGAUGAGGGCCAGUAUGAUGGGAAAGUGGAUGUGUGGUCACUCGGCAUCACAUGCAUAGAGCUGGCGGAGAGAAAGCCUCCCUUAUUCAACAUGAAUGCUAUGAGUGCCUUAUACCACAUCGCUCAGAAUGAAAGCCCAGUCCUGCAGUCUAAUCACUGGUCGGAUUAUUUCCGAAAUUUUGUGGACUCCUGUCUACAGAAGAUUGCCCAGGACAGACCUACCUCUGACGUGCUGCUCAAGCAUCAUUUCCUGUGUCGUGAGCGUCCUCAAACUGUGGUGAUGGAUUUGAUUGCGCGCACUAAAGAUGCAGUGCGAGAGCUGGACAAUCUACAGUACCGGAAAAUGAAGAAAAUACUUUUCCAGGAAACGCACAAUGGUCCUGCUGCAGAGGGCACUGAGGAGGAGGAGGAUGUGGAGCAAUACAUGCUGCGCACAGGCACAGUGAACAGCAUGGAGAGCUCACACUCACUGCCCUCCAUGUCGAUCAGCGCCAGCUCACAGAGUUCUUCAGUGAACAGCCUAGCUGAUGGCUCGGAUGACAGCGGUGAGAUGGCCAUGAUGCAGGAGGGAGAGCACACUGUCACCUCCAACAGCUCCGUAUUGCACAAACCACUGAGCCAUGAUAACAUCUAUGACGAGCCCUACCAGCCUGAGGCGGACUCUCAGCAGCAGGGUCCGUCUGGAGGAGGAGGUGGUGGAGGAGGGAGACGUCGUAGAGGCCGUGAUCACUUUGCCACUAUACGUACGGCCUCACUGGUGACUCGUCAGAUCCAGGAACACGAGCAGGGAUCGGCACUCCGAGAGCAAAUGACUGGCUACAAGCGUAUGCGUCGACAGCACCAGAAGCAGCUGAUGGCCUUGGAGAACAAGCUGAAGGCUGAGAUGGAUGAGCACCAGCUGCGGCUGGACAAAGAGCUUGAGACACAGAGGAACAACUUCAGCAGUGAGAGCGACAAGCUCAGCAAGAAACACCAGGCUGUACUGGAGAAAGAGGGUAAGAAUGCUACAACAGAGGAAAAGAAGUUCCAACAGCACAUUUUGACUCAGCAGAAGAAAGAGCUUACUACUCUGCUUGAGUCUCAGAAACGCCAGUAUAGACAACGCAAAGAGCAGCUCAAGGAGGAGCUAAAUGAGAACCAAUCCACACCAAAGCGAGAGAAGCAGGAGUGGCUGGUGCAACAGAAGGAGUGUUUGCAGCAGCACCAGGCUGAGGAAGAGGCAGGCUUGCUGCGACGCCAGAGGCAGUAUUACGAGCUGCAGUGCCGCCAGUACAAGAGGAAGAUGCUGCUGUCCCGACACAACAUGGAGCAGGACCUACUCAGAGAGGAACUGAAUAAGAAACAGACCCUGAAGGACCUGGAGUGUGCAAUGCUGCUGCGGCACCACGAGUCCACACAGGAGCUAGAGAUGCGUCAACUGAGUCUGGUGCAGAGAACGCGGGCAGAGCUGAUUCGGACGCAGCACCAGAGCGAACUCACCAACCAGCUCGAAUACAACAAGCGGCGUGAACAGGAGUUGCGCCAGAAACAUGCUGUCGAAGUCCGCCAACAGCCAAAGAGCCUCAGAGUGAGUGAGCGUGACAGCAUGGAGAGCAGUGGGGCGGGACCUGAUGGAUACGGGGUGGGGAUUGAUGAUUCUUGCAGUGAGCUGGCACAGGAAAGGGCAGAAGAUGCUUUUGAGGGAGUUGAGAGGGAAGAGGACACCAGUGUGUUCUAUGGAGAGUGCACUCCUUCCAUGAAAAAUGGUGCACAAGUGGCAGAGAGUAUAAAAGUUGAUGAAACUGAGAAAAGAAGGAGAGUGUGUGUGGGUGGAGGGAGGAGUGAUAAAGAAAGCCAUUUGCAGCCUUUAGAUGAGCACAGCAGAGAGAAAGAGGCUGAUGGAGAGACAGAAGUGGAGAUUAUGCUAUUUGAAUACAACAAAGCAGAAAGCAUGGAUGAGCAGACGAAGUGCCACAGAUUAGAGGGAGAAAAUAAAGACUGGCAAUUGGAGGAGAGAGUGGAGGACAAAGGUUUAGGGGACCAAAGACUAAUAGAAGGGCUGCAGUGGGAUAAGGAGGAUGAUGCAAGCAGUGAAACAGAGAUAGAGACUGAGGAAGAGGGAGAAGAAGGUAGAGGCGUGGCUGAUGGCUGUCCCUCAGAGUUUAUCCCUUCCUCUUCUCUUGAAAUUCCUCAACGAGAUGAGCUCUCUGAAUUCUACUUCCCUGACACUCUAGAGGAACUGGAACCUCCUCCUAUCUGCCCUCCUCCCAGCACGUCCAUUUCUCAACCAUCCAUCCCUUCACUCUUUUCUCACACCAUAUGUCUUGUCCUCUCCCUCUCUGCAGCUGCCAAGCCAUCCUUCCCGACCCUCCUCUUCCUUUCUAUCUUCCUUCUCUCCCUUCGUCGCUCACCUCCUCUUCCCUCUCUUGCAUCCCUGGUUCUUUCCGCUGAGCUGGCUUUCUUGGCUCUCUUUUUCUCCUACCUAUUCCUUCGCUCAGUCUGGUCACUCUCUCUUUCCGCAUUCUUCUCACUCGUGCUCUGGGCAUCGGGUCUGUUCAGCAUGAGCCUGGCACUGAGUCUGGGCCUCUAUUACGUUCCUUUGGCAUUGAUCUCCGCUUUCUUCCUCAGCUCGCCCUCACUCUUCCUUUCCCUCUACUUGGUGCUGGUGCUGGUGGUGCGUCCAGCACGCGUCUUCCUCCAGAAUGCGCCCCGAAAGCUUGCCCGAUUGUGGGUGCGGCUCCUCUUUCGUCUACCAAAGCCACUGUUCACUCUGUGCCAGUCGCUCACGGGUGGGAUGGCUGAGCGCAGCCUUUUUGAUAUGUUCCCCAAAGCAGGACGUAAUUGUGGUGGUAGGCACUCCCGUAUACCGGUGCCUGCCCGGAGCCUACCCAUUGAGCUCCAGGCCAAGCAUGAGUCUUGGGUUUAUGUAUGGGUCAAGCGCUUUGCUCGACGUCCCUUGGGCGUUGUAGCAGAUCUGGCUAACUCUUUAGUGCUGAGGUUAGCAAACAAAAUCCUUAAAAAACUUCCCCUACAUUACCUGAGCAAACUCAGGGCUUUAGGGCUUUUAAGGGAAGAGAAGCAGAGUAGGCUGCCCAGACUCCUACCACGUGAGGUGAGGGAACAGAAGCGCAGGAUGAGAGAGAGAAGAGAGAGGGAGCGCCGAAGAAGGGAGCGGGAGAUGGUACACAGGGAGGAAGGGAGGUGGGAAUGCGGACUGAGGAGGACAUCCUCAGGAAGGAGCACAAGGGGGAAGAUUGUGCCAUGGAGGUAGAUAGAAAACAUGACGAGGGGAAUGAACAAAGGAAUUGCCAAAGUAUUUGCUGUAUGUGUGACUGACUGAUCAUUCAUGCUGAGCAUUCUUAUGUAUUGUUUUUUUUUUUCAUACAUUUUUUUUGCACAUUCAGAUUGAGCCUCUUAUGUUUACUGGCUUUGAAUCACCCCAUUACAUUCUGUCUGUUCUCUCAUAUUCACUAUCCAUCAGACAGUGAAUAUAAAGUAUUAAUCAAGACUGUGCUUUUCGUAAAAGUUUUAUUACUGUCUUAAUUUUAAUCAUUGAAUAAUUUUUUUUUGUUCUUAAUUACUAAGAAGUAUGUCUUAUGGUUAUUAUUUCAUGACCAUGUUUGUGCAAUUCGUUUUCCACCCUUUCCUUUUGUUUUUGUGUGCUUGUGAAGGUUUUCAGAAAAGUUGCUAGCAUUACAUUUCAAAAGGGCAGUCAGAGAACGUUGUUGAGUCUGAAGCCAUAGCUACAAUUAUGAAGAUGAGGAAGUCACUGUACUGUUGUUUUAACAUUUUACACCAAAACCACCUCCCUUUUCAAUUUCCCUAAACAGCCCUAAAGCCCCCACCACUACCACCCCAACCACAGAGAAUAAGAACACUAGGAAAUUCGAUACAGUUAACUGCUUGCUUGUUCUGGGAGAUCAUAUUGAAUGUGCCUUGAUAUCAUAGUGACUGUAGGCCCUUCCCUUUUCACGAUAUUUAAACAAGAAAGAGGUUCAAGUGGGUCUUGAACACUUCAGAAUGUAGUGAUGCUGAUUAAAACGUCUGAACCAUUAACCUGUUUUAAAGCCUGUGCAAAAAAGAUUUCAGAUAAAGGUUUAAUCCUACAUAUACACUUAUAAAAGAAAGUGCCUUCUAGCUGAUUUGAGUGCUGGGCUACAUAGUGAAGACAAUUAUCUUAUAGUGUUUGUGUUUUAUGGUAACACAUUUAACGAUUUACAAUGUAUGGUGAUGAACUGGUGUCCCAUCCAGGGUGUAUUCCCACCUUGCCCCCAGGAUAAGCUCCAGAUUCACUGCAUCCCUCGCCAGUAUAAACAGUUACUGAAGGUGACUGAAUAUAGGAUUUACCAUGUAAACAUUUUAGUCACAUACUUAUAUUUGAAGACAAAACAUUUACUGUCAAACAGCAGCUAUCCUACAGAUAUCAGAUUAUUUCAUCAUUUGGUUAGCUGUUUUUGUGGUUCCUUUCCUAAAGCUUAAGCCAUUAUGGCAGUGAGGCGUGCCGAUGAUGCAAAAUCAUACCAAAGAGAUCUAAAGCCAUAAAAUAUAUAAAACAAGACGCUUUAUUUACUGGGUAAAGAUAUCUUGCACUGUUCCAGUCUUAAAUGGUCUCAAUAUUGAAUGAAACUUGAAAAAAAGGCAUUUUAUUUAUUUAAAAAAAGAUGAAAUGACCCGACAUGUAGUAAAACAGUUGAUGCAAAAACAGAAGGUUGAUUUGUCUUUUUGUUUUAUUUAAACAAAUUUUAACUGAUAUGAGCUACACAGAAGCAAAUUUGACCAAAUGUGAAACAUUAUUUUUUGCAAAAUAGUUAGUUCAGCCAUAACAGUUAUUUUUGAAUGUAUUUCAUCUUUUUUGUUGUUUUUUGUUUACACAUGUUCUGUUUUGUGUGUCUGUUCUUUGAAUCAACAGUUAUUUAACUAAUAUAUUUGUGCCUUUUUUUUUUUGUUAAGCACCUUGUGUUUCAAGGCCAUUUUGUGUGCAUUUCAUCCUCACUGUGUGAAUGAAUGGAUGGUCACUGUAUUUAAAUAUUAAUAGUUAUUUUCUUAUGUCUUUGUCAAAUAAAUUUUUUUGUUGAAUUCAUCUUCUGUUUGUUUUGAUUUGCAUUUUUGUCAUCUGUUAUGAUUUUGUUUACUGUUUUUUUUAACGUAUUAUGAUUUCUCCCUACCUGACCUCCCUGUUUGGCUGAGAUGACCUCCCUGACCUCCCUGUUUGGCUGAGAUGAAUGGUGAUAGUGCCCAGUAUUAUUUUUCAGAUAGAACAUAGUCCAGUGUAUAGCCCAGCAUUAAAGUUCAAAUUUGGGCCGAAUACAAGUGUGUAGCUUAAUUCAAGUGAAUAGAUGUUAAGAUUGGCAAUGGAAGUCUUCCUCCUAUCUAUAGAACAUCAAGACCUUAUCUAGUUGUGAUUUUAUCACUCUAGUGUCUGACUAAACGUAAGUGUAUAUCCUAGAGGUAAGUGGAAUACUUCAAAGUCUGCUGACCUAUGGCAAAUUCCUUAUGAUAUUAAACUUUUAUUUAUUUAUUAAAUUUAUUUAUUUAUUCUGUUUACUUGAGGUUGAGGUUAUAGUUUGUAUACUUAACUUGGAUGGAGAUCACUUUUUCUUCAGCAUGAAUGAUAACUUUUUUUUGGUCUUAU